CGACGAAUCGGUGGUCCCCGGUAAACCCGGACCACUCAGAGUGGGAGACCGUCUGGAGCGCUCAGCCAAUAGGGAAGCGCACAGGAUUUAGGCUAGAUGCGCCAUUUUACUGCGUCCACAGCCAUCCGGCAAGAUGGUCCCCUCGCUUUGUCUGCCCUGACCGGAGUUGUUUCGGCGUUCAGCGGAUAUUCUUGCCUCCGCACCAUCGGGAAACCUGUUCACUUGCGUGGACUGUUUCACAGCAGGAGAAAAAACAAAACGCGCCUCUGGCAGUGGAGACAUGACGACAGUGAAAAGCAGGUAAUAUGAGUCUGGUGUCUUCUGAUUCGAACCUAGACCAAAUGGCAGAAAAAGCAGAGGAGCCUGGUAGCUCAACAGAAAACAUGAAGCCCUCCUCUUCUCGCAACAAGAGGAAGCCCUCUACGGCAGCUAAGCACACCGGACUGAACGAAUCCGACGCCUCAGCUGACAGUGAAAAUGAAGGUGCCACUUCUGACAAUCCUUCAGACAGUAACACGGGCAGCACAUCUAAAGGCACUUUGGUGAUGAGGCCAGCUGGUAAUGAUAACAAAGGUGCCAUGAAGCUCAGGGUGGAUUUCAAACAGAAACAUACAGAUGAUACCCUGCAGAAGAAAAUAAGUUGCACUGCCUGUGGAAAACAAGUGAAUCAGUUUCAGCCCAAUUCCGUGUAUGAGCAUCCUGCACUCAAAGUGCUUAUUUGCAAGUCAUGCUACAAGUAUUACACAAGUGAUGACAUCAGCAGAGACUCUGACGGGAUGGAUGAGCAGUGCAGGUGGUGUGCUGAAGGAGGCAAACUCAUCUGCUGUGACUACUGCAACAACGCCUUCUGCAAGAAGUGCAUUUUACGCAACCUGGGCAGGAAGGAGCUUUCAGUCAUUACUGACGAGAACUCAAAGUGGCAUUGCUAUGUCUGCAGGUCGGAGCCCCUCCUGGAUCUGGUCUCCAAAUGCCACAGUAUCAUGGAAAAACAAGAACUUGUGCAACUCAAGCAACGAAAGCCAGACAAACCAGAGGAACGUGAGAUCAAGAGACACAAGAACAAAUCAGUUAAAGAGCACAAAGCAGUUGUGAAUGGAAAAGAACACAUCGAAGGCUCAGGGACUAUGACGUUUUCCUACAAAAAACUGCAGGUACCCAAAGAACUUAUAAAGAAAGCAAAAAAGCUUGUUGAAACCACGACUGGUCUCAACAAUACAUUCAUCCAGUUCAUACAACAGGCAGCGGAGGAGCAGGAAGAUAAAGCUAUCAGGUGUCGGCAUUUGAAGGCCUUCAAGGCCGUACUCGUCGAUUUGCAGAAAGCCCAUGGUGCGUUGGAGGCCGCUUUGGAGCCGGAGUUCAGAAACAUGGAGUUGCAGAAUGGUAGUGAGGGGCAACAUAUUGCGAGAAAGACAACUACCGUUGCGGCCCCUGUAGAAAACGACCACUUGGAUACUUUGGCGGGUGAAGCUGUUGAGGCUGACGCAGUUGAUGAGGAGGCUGAUGCAGUCGAUGAGGAGGCUGACGCAGUCAAUGAGGAGGCUGACGGAGUCAAUGAGGAGGCUGACGCAGUCGAUGAGGAGGCUGACGCAGUCGAUGAGGCUGAUGAGGCCGAUGCAGUCGAUGCGGUCGAUGAGGCCGACGCAGCUGAGAAGGGCGACGUAGCUGAGGAGGCUGACGCAGUCGAGGACGCUGACGCAGUGGUGGAGGCUGAUGCAGUCGAUAAGGCUGAUGCAGCUGAGGAGCAGCAUAAUGAGCAGGAGGUGAACAAUGAUCAAGUCGCAAGUGAGAUUGAAAUGAAAGACAGCCAAACAGAAAUUGAUGUAACCAAAAAGACAAUUAAAUCUGAGGUCUGUGACGAUGGGCUGGUGUCAUCUGGUGAAAUGUCCUUGGAUCACGACAUCAUGUCUGUGCCCCCCUCAGUUCCCGAAGAGCUUUUUCAGAUGGUGGAGAGUCUUGCGGAUUCCACCAUGUUGUCACAGAGUGACACAGAUUUGAUCACAGACACUGAUGCACGGUCAAAUGGAAAGUCAACAGAUUCUCAACGCCCCCAGCCGAAGGUGAAGAACCUCAUAGUCAAAUUGACUCCUGUGCCAGUUGUGACUACAUGUGGGUCAAGGUCCUCCAGGUCCAAAAACAGAGAAAAAGAAAGAGAGACGCAGAAAAAGGGUAAAGAAAAAUGUGAGGAGGAGAAAGCCUCUGCUGAUACUGUUGAUGGGGCAAACAACCCACCACCAAGCCGUCGCUCUAGUAGAGUCAAGACCACUCCCUUGAGGAAGCAGGCAGAGAACAAGGGCAAGGUAGAGUCCUCUGAGUCGGAAUCCGAAGAAGAAAGUAAGGACAAGGCCAAAUCCUCUAAGAAAUCCAGUAAAGUCAAAAAUGAGAAAGAGAAGCAGACCAAGGCUUCGGAGAAAAAGACAGAGGACUCUGACUCAGACGAAGUUCCACAUAUACUGCUAGAAAAAGCGGCAGAAGUCCACAGCUCAGAUGAGGAACAAGGAAGCACGAGUGCUAAAAAGCGUUUAUUCAAACUAAACAACACAUCCACACAGGAUACAGACAAAGCAUCCAAACGUAAGAGGAAGUCCGAAAGCUCAGAGUCAGAUCGGGAGAACAAAAGUAAAAAGACUUCCAAGAAGAAGAAACAAAACUGCUCUAACUCCUCCAACUCUGACUCGGAGAUGAAGAGUAAAGCGGGAACGGCAAAGAGAAGAUCCAGCCGUGUGAAGAAACAAGAUGAAGCGAAACAGGACGACAAAAACUCACCUGAGAGGAAGGCAGCAGAUCGGAAAAGGUCUUAUGAAAAGAAACGCAAGGGAAGGAGUCCCAGAAACACCUCCAAGCUGCAGUCCUCCUCCAGUGAUGAGGAGGAGGAGGACUGCGAAGGAGACUCCGGAGAGGACAGCGACGAGCAAAAGAUCAAACCCCUCGUGGAGGAUGGCGUGGUGGGAGGCGGUCGACCUUUCCAUCAGUCCUCAGGAGAUGAAGGGGAAGAUAAAGACGGAGCCUCUCAGAUUUGUGAAAACGAUGAAGACGACGACCCUGAAAACAGGAUUGCAAAGAAAAUGCUUCUUGCCCAAAUAAAAUCCAACUAUUCUUCGGGAGCAGAGAGCUCCUCUGAUAACGAUGGAGCAGAUAAGGAUGAAAAGUCCUCCAAAAAAGUUAAAAAAGGGGAUGACGACGACGACGAUGAAGACGAAGAGCAGCAAGGCGAUGAGGAUUCAGAAGAUUCAGGUUCUGAUGUCGAAGUGAAAAAGCGCGGCCGACGCCACAAAUUGCUUCGUCAUAAACUCUCGCUGAGUGAGGGCGAAUCCGGAGAAGAAAAAUCUUCAAGUAAAGAGAAGAGCAAAGGGGGCAAAAAGAAGGCAGGGCAAAAAGUGGACAGCGAUGACUCUGCAGACUCCGACUUUGAGAAGUCCGAGUCCAGUGAAGAGUCAGGGAUAAGCGAGGAGGUUAGUGAAUCAGAAAACGAUGGGAAGCGCCCAAAGACAAGAUCUUCAAAGAAGAAGGAUGAGGAGAAACAGAGAAGUUACAAGCAGAAGAAGAAGCGACGCAGAAUCAAAGUUCAGGAUUCCUCUUCCAGCAACGAGAAGAGUGGAGAGGAAGACGACGACGACCCAGAUGGAGAGGGUCGCAAAGGACGCAAAAAGAUCCGCAAGAUCCUGAAGGACGACAAGCUGCGGACAGAGACGAGAGACGCACUGAAAGAAGAGGAGGACAGGAGGAAACGUAUAGCUGAACGGGAGGCGCUUAGGGAGAAACUCAGAGAGGUGAUUGUGGUGAAGGAGUCUUCCCAGGUGACGUGUCCCAUUACCACCAAGCUGGUGCUGGAUGAGGACGAAGAGACCAAGGAGCCAGUGUUACAGGUGCACAGGAACCUUGUCACAAAGCUCAAACCUCACCAGGUCGACGGGGUGCAGUUCAUGUGGGACUGCUGCUGUGAAUCUAUGAAGAAGAUUGAGAAGUCUUCAGGCUCCGGCUGUAUCCUUGCCCACUGUAUGGGCCUGGGAAAGACUCUGCAGGUGGUGACAUUCCUUCAUACUUUGCUGCUUAGUGAGAAGCUGGAAUUCACCACAGCUCUGGUGGUUUGUCCCCUGAACACUGUCCUGAACUGGCUCAAUGAGUUUGAGAAGUGGCAAAACGGAAUGAAAGAUGAGGAGAGUUUAGAGGUGACUGAGCUGGCCACAGUAAAGAAGCCCCAGGAGCGAGCGUACGCUCUGCAGCGAUGGCAAGAAAUGGGUGGAGUUAUGAUCAUCGGCUACGAGAUGUACCGAAACCUGACGCAGGGCAGGAUGAUCAAGAGCAAGAAGCUCAAAGAAACCUUUCAGAAGACACUGGUAGAUCCAGGUCCAGACUUGGUGAUCUGCGAUGAAGGUCACAUCCUGAAGAACGAGGCAUCUGCUGUGUCCAAAGCGAUGAACUCUAUCAGGACGCGAAGGAGGAUUGUGCUGACUGGAACACCUCUGCAAAACAACCUUAUUGAAUACCACUGCAUGGUCAACUUCAUCAAGGAAAACCUGCUUGGGUCAGUUAAGGAGUUCAGGAACCGCUUCAUUAACCCCAUUCAGAACGGUCAGUGUGCCGACUCCACACUAUUUGAUGUCCGGAUCAUGAAGAAGAGGGCUCACAUCCUCUAUGAGAUGCUGGCCGGAUGUGUCCAGAGGAAGGAUUACACUGCGCUCACCAAGUUCCUGCCUCCAAAACAUGAAUAUGUGUUGUCGAUUAGAGUGACUCCAAUCCAGUGUAAACUCUACAGAUACUAUCUGGAGCACUUCACAGGUGUGGGGAAUGCUGUGGAGGGGGGCCGGGGCCGUGCGGGGACGAAACUCUUCCAGGAUUUCCAGAUGCUCAGCAGAAUCUGGACCCAUCCCUGGUGCCUUCAGCUGGACUACAUCAGCAAAGAAAACAGGGGUUACUUUGACGAGGACAGUAUGGAGGAGUUCAUCGCCUCAGAAACAGAAGAAUCCUCGAUGAGCAUGACCUCCGAGGAUGAGAAGAUAAAAAAGAAAAAGAAGCAAGGGAAGGGAAAAAAGAAGGGAUCUGAUGACUCUGACAGUGAUGAUGUGGAGGUCAUCAAGGAGUGGAACACCAGCUCUCGGGGCAAAAACGGAGAGAGCAGAACCAGAGAAAGACCAGAGCCAGUCGAAGAACCUCGGCCCUCCGGCUCAGCACCAGGGAGUCCCACUGCCGACUGGCACAGGGAGUUUGUCGUUGAGGCUGACGCUGAGAUUCUAGAGCACUCUGGAAAGAUGACGCUCCUCUUUGAGAUCCUGCGCAUGGCAGAGGAAGUGGAAGAUAAAGUGUUGGUGUUCAGUCAGUCUCUCAUCUCUCUGGACCUAAUUGAGGAUUUCCUUGAACUGGCAUGCAGAGCAAAAGAUGAGGAAAAAAUCUCUCCAUACAAAGGUGAAGGCAAGUGGUUCAGGAACAUUGACUACUAUCGGCUGGAUGGCUCCACGGGCGCCACUACAAGAAAGAAGUGGGCUGAAGAGUUUAAUGACACAAGCAACAUAAGAGGUCGUUUGUUCCUCAUCUCAACGCGAGCCGGCUCACUUGGCAUCAACCUUGUGGCAGCCAACAGGGUCAUCAUCUUCGAUGCCUCCUGGAAUCCGUCCUACGACGUCCAGAGCAUCUUCAGAGUCUACCGCUUUGGCCAACUUAAGACCGUCUUCGUCUAUAGAUUCCUUGCCCAGGGUACAAUGGAGGAGAAGAUUUAUGAGCGGCAGGUAACCAAGCAGUCUUUGUCAUUCCGGGUGGUGGACCAGCAGCAGAUCGAGAGGCACUUUACGAUGAACGAGCUGGCCGAGCUCUACACCUUUGAGCCCGACUUGUUGGACGAUCCAUCAGAGAAGAAAAGCAAGAGAGCCACACCCAUGCUCCCUAAGGAUCCCUUCUUGGCCGAGAUGCUGCAGAACAACAAGGACCAGAUUGCAUGUUACCAUGAACACGACUCCCUGCUGGACCACAAGGAGGAGGAAGCCCUGAGCGAAGAGGAUCGCAAGGCUGCCUGGGCCGAGUAUGAAGCGGAGAAAAAGGGUCUUAAUAUGAGGAACAACUACCAAACGCAAUACGCCCAGAUGGACAUGGGCAACUCCAGCUACUUCUCCUACAACGUGGCGGCUUUGGCCUCCAUGACCAACCAGCAGCUGGAGGACCUUAUAAACCAGGGACGACAGAAAGUCAUCGAGGCAACAAACGCAUUGAAGACUUUAUCAAGGGAGUCGGUGGAGGACACAAUCGCUAGAUUGUGGAAGGAGAACCCGUUGCUCACAGAGAGCCAGGUCCAGUCGAUGGCACUAGGACGCCAGGCCAGUGUGGAGUUGGAGGUCAAGCGCAGGGAAGCCAUUUACAGGGAUGUUCUCACCAGGCAGCAGACGCUGAUGAUGUUCGUGCAGAAGCUGAUCACCAACAGGAAGGUGCAGGAGCAGCAACUUGCCAUGGCUAACCAGGCCAGCUACUUAAACCAGCUGGCCAUGCAGAACGGCAUGAUGGGAGCCGGCGGGCUCAGCCAGAUGGACCUGCUGGGGCUUUACCAGCAGCUCCAUGGCCUGAGCUCUCACCAAGGCAUGGGCAAGAACCCUGGGCCCUCCAAGGGCCUGUAGGUCGGAAGGACCCCCCACACACACUUCCCCCGCCCACUCAGCUCCCUUGCUACCAGUGGCCCAGUCCAAAGUGUGGCCCUCUUUCUAACGCAUUUUGAGAGCGGAAAGCAAACUUGGUGCACCAAGCAGAGGGUGGAGUAGUUUUGAGUCUAGGCUGCUGUCCACUGGGGCCUCAAGUGGGACAGACUCUCAGUCCUUUAUUCUGUAGUUCACUGAGAGAACGUGGAAUAUAAUGUAUAAAUGACUGUGAAAGGUCUGUUAGGAAGGUUCAACAGGAAACAAAAAAUGUAUAUACCGCCUUAUAUUGUUAUUCAAGUUCUAUAUCUUCAUUUUUCAUGUAUUUAAAGUUAAUCAAGUUUUACCCCCAAUGCUUUUAAGCAUUGUAUUGUUUUCCCUAUGAGAGGGUUUCCUUAUAAUUUAAACUCAGUUUUUUAUACUGUUUUAAAUGUCUAACUAAAUCCGAGUGGGACCAGUGUCAGCGGUGAAAGGACUCCAUGAUGUAAAGGCUUCAGGUGACAUGAUUAUUAGCUCCAGUAGUUUCCGCCACCAAAAUCACCAACUUUGGUGCUGCUCUUCUCGGGAGACAGAAGAAACUGACAUGUCAUCAAAAAAAAAAAAAAAAACCAUAAAAGUUUUGGCCUUAUAUAUUUGAUUCCUAAAAAAAAAAGCUCUGUAAAGUUCUGAGAUUUGUUGAGAACCUUUUUCUAUUAUGCUUUUAGUGUUCAUGUUAGUUGUCACUGAACAUGGUAAUGAAUGCUUGUGUUGUUCAAAACUGCCUGCCGGUUCCUAUGACCUUUUCGUAACAUCGCUCUCAUUGUCAUGUGUUGUCUAGCAUAGCACUGUGCGUCCUGUCCAUUGUUUAUGUUCCACUUGUGUUGAUCCCAAGCUCGGGCGACUGACUGGGUCUUGCAAAGCCACAAAGCACUUCAGCCAUUUAUCACAGGGCCCAAAUCGUUUCCCUUUACUCGUCUGUCACAGUCUGAAAUGUGUUUUUCAGGUCGGACUUGACAGGAAGAGGUAAAGACUGGAAAACUUAUUAUAUGUGGCUGAUUUGCGGCGUCUGCUUUGUGAGAAUCCGCCCUCCUGGACACUGUAGUCACACCAGGCAGGCACCCAGACUACCUGUACUCUACUUUGGCACAUUCUUGCUUCUAAAUGCUUAAACUGGUGUAGCUGUUAACCAUGAGGAAUAUGUACAUUUCUCAUGAAGAGACGCCUGUUGUCUCUAGUUGGCUCCUGUGUUUGCACAAGGUGUAUUUUAUAAAUGUAGACAAACUUCUUUUUUUUUUUCUUUCCCUCCUCUAAGAAUGUUCUUAUGUUAGCAAAUACACCAACUUGAUUUGCCAUGAAUCUGAUCUGCUAUUAUCUUGAUAAGUAUUUAAUAUAACAUUUAAUAAAGUGACCAAAAGGAUGA